AUGGAAGCUGCUUCUGCCCGCGCGGCGACCCGCGGCGGCUGGGGGGACGUCGGCCGCUUGCCCUCCCAGCUCCUGCGCUUCAUCCAGGGAGCUUGCAGCCCCGAAAACUACGAGCCCAACCUGGCGCUCAAUCUCGAGAUCUCAGACCUCAUCAACAGCAAAAAGGGCAGUGCCCCUCGCGAGGCUGCCACGGCCAUUGUCGGGUUCGUCAACCACCGCAACCCCAAUGUCGCCCUGUUGGCGCUCAGCCUCCUCGACAUUUGUGUCAAAAACUGCGGCUACCCUUUCCAUUUGCAAAUCAGCACAAAGGAGUUCCUCAACGAGCUGGUGCGGAGAUUCCCGGAACGCCCCCCAAUCCGCCCGACCCGUGUCCAGGCGAGGAUUCUUGAGCUGGUGGAGGAGUGGCGCACGACGAUAUGCGAGACGAGCCGCUACAAGGAUGACCUGGGCUUCAUCAGGGACAUGCACCGCCUGCUCAGUUACAAGGGCUACAUGUUCCCGGAGGUGCGCAGGGAAGAUGCUGCCGUUUUGAACCCGAGCGAUAAUCUGAAAUCGGCCGAAGAAAUGGAGGAGGAAGAGCGAGAAGCACAAUCUGCCAAGCUGCAGGAGCUCAUUCGCCGGGGCACACCCGAAGACCUUCAGGAAGCCAAUCGCCUGAUGAAGGUCAUGGCCGGCUACGAUACCAGAUCCAAGACAGACUACCGGGCCAAGGCUGCUGAAGACGUCAGCAAGAUCCAGGCCAAGGCGAGGCUUCUGGAAGAGCGCCUCGCGGCGUUCCGGCCCGGCGACAAGAUGGAAGAUGGCGAUGUAUUCAGCGAGCUUGCUGCCGCCCUGCAAAGCGCCCAGCCCAAGAUCCAAAAGAUGUGCGAAGAGGAGUCGGACGAUCACGAGGCCGUGGCCAGGCUGCUGGAGAUUAACGACAGCAUACAUCGUACGGUUGAGCGCUAUAAGCUCAUGAAGAAGGGCGACCUUGAUGGAGCUGCUAAAGUCGCGGCUGGCGCUCCCCCGCCAUCCCAACCGGGAGGAUCGAGCUCAGCGGCAAACGAGCUGUCACUUAUAGAUUUCGAUGGCGAUGCUACUCAGAACAACGGCACUGAUUCCUCACAGGCCGGCGGAUUGGAAAAUGAUCUCCUCGGCUUGGACAUUAGCGGCCAGUCGAGCACCUUUGGACAGGGCGGCGGCAUUGCCUUGGGAUUUGGAGCGAACCAAAAUAUUCCUGGGCCCGCGCUACUAUCAUCCCUAACUCAGGGGAGCACCGCCAGAGGGGCUGGGCAGAACGACACGCCGCCUCCAUUCUCCCAGUUUGCCUCCUUCACAUCUCCUCCUGCCUCACAGUCCGCCACGCCCCAGCCCAACUACCAGCAGCAGCAAGCACCGCCUCCAGCAGUUUCUAAUGCCUUUGCCUCAUUUUCCACUGGCUCGCCCGCGCCUAAGCCUGCUGCCGUGUCCAACGAUGAUGAUGAAUGGAGCUUUUCUUCCGCGUUGCCAGCGGAACAGCCAGUGCCGGCCAAGCCCAAGGAGCACAAGGGAAUUGCCAGCAACUCCAGCUUAAGAACCGACUUUCUGGCCAAGAGGAGCACUGCCGUUAGCAACUCCAUCAACAUCCUGUUUGCCUUUUCAAACAACACCGCGCAACCUAUUAAUGAGCUUCACUUCCAACUAGCCGUCACAAAGGGCUACGAACUCCAACUCAAACCCCAGACAGGCCGCUCCCUCUCCCCCAAGCAGAGCCGUGGCGUCACCCAAGAAGUCGACGUCUGGCACACCGGCAACAGGAACCAGCGCGUCGACUCCGUCAAGCUACGCUGGCGAGCGUCGUACAAGGUGGGCGAGGAGGUGAAGAAUGAGAUGGGCGAGAUUGCAGAAUUUAGCCUUGCGUAAAUACUUUUACAACCGUAUUUUUUUUAUUAUUUUCCCUCCAACUUUCUACAUUUUUUCAUCAAAAACUUUGACAUAUUAGGAGUGGAGGGGAAGGUUUAAAAAAUGAAGAGAGUUUGUCUAUUUUUUGUCUGUCUGUAUACAGAAGAGUUUUUGCCUGGGACGCUACUAGAGAGAUUCGUUGGGCGGGGGCAUAGCGCUUGAAAGUUUUUGUUUUUCUGCCAUACAUGUCUCUUCGUCAUCAAUAGUAAUUAAAAGAAACAAAAAAAUAUGAAAUG